CGCGCGCAUCUUGGCAACGGAAGUCGUAUGAUUGUUGUUGCCGGUAACUUCCUCAGCCGAAGAUAAACAACUGGAUCCAAAACAGUUGUAGAGUAAAGAAGAGAAACAUGUCCGCCUGCUGCGUGUCUGGCUGUAAACACAUUCCUCCAGCAGCAAACUGAAGUUCUUCAGAAUCCCGUUUCAGACGAACCGGAGACGUUUCCGGCAGCCGCGAGGAGAUCCGAAGAAACGCUCGUGUUUGUGGCGCUCAUUUUAUCUCACGUAAGACACGCACGUUCUCAGUUAUACGCGUGUACGGCGGGAGCAUUGUUGUGGUGCAGCCGGGAGUGUUUGAAGAAGCGUCCAUGGAGCACGAGAGUCCGGACUUUGUGCCUUCUGUGUUUCUAAGCACUAAACACCGUCCGAAGAGAAAAGUGAAACGAUCAAAUUCUUCUCGUAGAAAAAGACGUUGCCGUGCAGCCGAUGUGGAAACGGAAGAAAAGAUGAGUCCGUCUCGAGGGGAUUGUCCCGCGGACCUCCCGUCCUCUGCUGGGGCGCAGGAACAGACUCCAUCAGUGCUGAAGGAAGGAGAAACGUCGCCUGAAGAGGCCGAGUCCAGCACGGACAGAGCGUCACCAGUCAAAGCUCCGGCCCGCUCCCUGCACCUGCACAAAAUGAUUCCCGUCGUGCUGCUGAAACAUGUGUUUGUAUCAGCAGGAGGGUUUAAGUGUGAGAAGUGCAAUCAGAACUUCCCCAACAUACCACAGCUAAUGAAACACAAGCAGCUGCAUGAAGAGGAAGAAGCAGCAGCAGCAGAAGAAGAAGAAGAAGAAGAAGCAGCAGCAGAAGAAGAAGAUGCAGAAGAAGAAGAAGAAGAAGAAGAAGAAGCAGCAGCAGAAGAAGAAGAUGCAGAAGAAGAAGGCGGCUCCUUAGUCUGUGAAAUGUGUGGAAAGCUUUUCCCGGGUCGGGCUCGUCUCUCCGAUCACCGCUGUCCGUCUUCCUUCUCGUGCAACAUGUGUGAUCGAACCUUCGUCACGAGUCGGAACCUCAAGCGUCAUAAACUGCAGCACGUCAAAGACGGCAGGAAGUGCCCAAAGUGCGGCGUCCUGUUCUGUAAACGUCACAAUCACAUUUUAUUCCUGCCACAGGCCGAUUCCAUCACCGAGUAUGAAGAUGACUCCAUUGAGCCGAGCCGGCCCCCCCGAACCCCCCGAACCCCCCCUCCGGCCUCACACACGGGCAUCUUCUCAGGGAUCCCUGCGCCGCUAACAGCUCCCGCUGUGUCACGUCUCCCCCCGCCUGUCCCCAGGUGUAAGAACGCCUCGUCUCAGUUUAAGUGCCCCCCGUACGUCUGUCCUGCAGCCUUCUUGCAGCCCCUCCCCCCCCAACACCCAGAGCUCCCGCCCUCACUGAAGCUCUUUUCACCACAGCACCUCACCUCGGCGUUACUCGAGGUUAAAAGGAAUUCCGAAUACAUUUUCAGCAAACAGAGAGCUGUGAAGCAGGAACCGUGUGAGCUGCCGCUGGUUCCUCCAGACGAGCAGACGGUGACGCACGGCCGACGGGAGAGGACGGCGUACGACCUGGAGAUUGUGAUCUGAUCCUUUAGUGGCGUUCGAUUGUACGUGUUGCUGCACGACGUUGGAAAUGUUCCGAUUUGUCUUGAACGCAGCAUCAAAGCAAGACUUGUGCUCAUGAAGCGAACAGAACCUCCGUCACACGUCGAUGCACGUCGGCAUCGUUCUGCCGCACGCGGAGCAGGAAGUGGCGCCGUUUGGCUGCACGCGGAUGUUUAAUGCUGCUACUUUUAUUAGUAAGAGUGUGUUUGGUAAAUAACACUGUGAAUCUGAAUAAUCUGAAACUGAUUUUAAUAUCUUGACACUUCUGUCGGGUAAUAACCGCUGAAGUCUGCGAGUUGAUGCACACGGCGGUGAAUGAUCUACCUCAGUGUUUGUUGUGUUUGUUUCACCGUGCAUACACGGUCACCUGCCGCAGCAGAGACGCACGCCAUGGAUUUAUACUGCAUGAGAAACUGCACGGGUGUCUUCCUCUGGUGGAGCGUGCUGAUACAUUGUGCAUCCUUAGUUUUACUCCAGUUUCUUUGAGACGCUUCCUGUAGCGGCUGCUGACCCCUGAGACAUAAUGUUCACGACUCUAAAGCUGCAGCCUUUAAAACAUUUGACUAACAUUUCAUCUCUUGCAGGAAAUCUUAGUGACAGUCGACGGAUGAUUUUAUAACGAUGAAUGUUUUCUUUGCCUCGUCAUCCUCACUGUUUAUCACUGACAUUAAAACCAAAUGUAAUCCUGAAGAUACGAGAUAAAGAGAUCACAUCUACACAUCUGA